AUGAAAUCCCCUGCAUUCAUUCUCGGCCUUUGGCCGAUUUUCUUCACCUUGUGUUGCCUUUGGGGGGCAGAUGCGGCCCAUCCCAGCACCACGACAGCUGUUCUAGAUACUUCCACUCAGAAAUUGGGACCCGAAUACCGCGUUCGUGUCGAAAGGGCCGACAAGGGUGAAGAUAAGGCUCCUAGUAGCUACGGGUAUCCUGAUCCGUACGGCCCAAUCACCUACGGAUCUGAUACAUGUCAAUGCCACUCUAUCCUCACAACCGACUUCCUCGCUGCGUGGGACCGUCAAGAGCUUCGAAUCUUCGGCCACCGGUCUAGAGACCGGUUCUAUUACAAGCCCAUCAGCUCUUACCACUCCCAUCAACUCAGAAUCUGCCAGUAA